AUGGCAUUGAGUUUUGCUCGCUUUUGGAUUCGCAACGAGCGGAAAGCUCCUAGAAGUCAGAGCCCGGUGUACGUGCUCAGACUGGACACUCCGGCCAACACCGGCGAAGACCGCGGCAACAUGGACGUCCACUUCGCCGGCUGGAGGCAGCGAUUCGAGGGAAAAAUCGUCCUCAUAUUCUCCAUCGUGGUCGCACUGCUGAUAGGAGUCGCCGUGUGCUUCGUCUUUGGAACGAGCUCAGAGGCGAAGGCAUCCUCAGGGUCCCACGAGCCCUUGACGGAUUUCACGGUUCCCACUGCUCUGACCUCGGCGAGACGGCAGACGCAGGAAUCGCAGCUCGAAGCCGAAGGCACCGCGACGGCGAGCGGAGGCCCCAAGAAUGCGUCGGUGAAGUGGAGUAACGACGCAGCAGCCAAGUUUCGACGGGCACGUCGACGUUGGACCCGUCCACGGGAGUGA